GUGUACGGCUGCGUUUGCGUGCGUUCGCCUGUGUCUCUUCUCAGUGCUUUAUUAUUUUCUUUUUGCCUCUCUCUCUCUCUCUUUCUCUCUCUUCCUUUAAAUAACUGCUGUGUUGUGUGUGGGGAUGAUCAUCCAAUCCUUUUGCUCUUUGUACUUGUUAAAGUCACUCUAAGAGGAACAGGCCAAAUAAUUUUUGUACCUUGCAGCCACUCUCACUUCAGUAGAGAGAGAGGAAAAGAGCGUGCCAAUGUUGGACUGGCCGUCAGUGUGACACCGGCUCGUGUCGUGUUAAGACUUGUCGCUUGUUGUGGGGGCUUGCCUACGUUGGUAGUUUCGUCCUUUGCUUGUUAGUAAGCUCGUAAACUGUGAGAGAUUCGAAUCGGCGGGGUUGGUGUUCGCUUUCGUACAUUGCCGCACACGUUUAUCUUUCAUCGGCUUUCGUUUUUAUUUCGUAUCCAAAGUUUCUCGUCGGUCGUCGUGGAUAUUGCCGAUCAACUUGUCAAAUCUUUCGGUUUUUAGUGGCCAGGAUCUAAAUCGUUUGGAAUCGACCGCGCUCUUUUCUUUUUUUCCUUUUUUUUUUUUUUACCUGACGUCGUCGGGACGGAUCGUGUUUCCAUCACCUGGAGAAAGAAAAAAAAAAUCGACUGUGUGUGUUUGUGUCCGGCUUGGACCGACAUUCAACUGUUGGAGGCUCAAAAAGAAUUUUUCUUCAAAAAUAAUAAAAGUCCUCAGAGUUAAAGAGGUGCUGUUAUUGGGGUUGUGUGUUGUGCACGCGUUUUCUUCAGCUUGACGAAACAAGAGGCACACACACGAAAAAAAAAAAGGGUGUCGUCCCGUCGUGCGCUGGAAUUCUUUCCUCUCUGUUAAAAAGAAAAAAGAAAAAAUAGAAAAUUUGUUUAAGAAAAGACAAAACAAAAAAGUGGGGUAGUUGCCGCGCCCCUCGUCCCGUGUUUUGAUUGCGACUGCUGUGCAACGUUUAUAAAUAGCGCUGAACAAGACACUGUUCUGACUUAAAGCCGUUGUCAUCAAGACGUUCGUGAUUUAAAAAAGAAAAAGGAAAAAGGCGAAAAUUUGCGUGGGAAAACAAGAAGAAAAAUGACGUCACCGUUGCUACCGACUCGGCAACGAAUUUGGUUCGCCAAGUUCACCGCCACCUCGGCGCUGACGACCAACACCCUGAGGACGAUGUCGCUGCUCUUAAUCUUGAUCUUGACGAUUGGCUGCGAUGGAAUCGUGGGAUCGGAGAAACGACCGGACGCCUGCGGAGUGUGCGGCGGCAGCAAUUCCACCUGUCAGAUAGUGUCGGGCAUCUUCACGGAGCCGCAAUUGCCACCCGGUUACAAUUUGGUGGCCCAGCUGCCCAAAGGCGCUUGCCACGUCAACAUCACGGAAUUCAAACCGAGUCGCAACUACCUAGCUCUGAGGCGUUCAGAUGGUACAUUCGUCUUUAAUGGUAAUUGGGCCAUCAACUGGUCGGGCGAGUAUCAAGCGGCCGGCACCACGUUCGCCUACCGGCGACAAGAUACAACUACUCCCGAGCUCAUAACCACAUUAGGACCUUUGACUGAGCCUAUUGAUAUCAUGGUGAUUUACCAGCAAAUUAAUCCUGGUAUCAAAUACGAGUAUAUGCUACCUUUGGGUGUGGCCAACAGCAAUCUCGUGCCACGCCCUAGUAACCCACCAACACCUACUGCACCGGCCACGUCUUUCGGCCAAAGCGAUUUAUUGAACAGUGGUCCGGCAGUGCCAUCAGCUAAUGUCCCAGCCGGCCGAUAUCAAUUAGACGGAACGUCCGGCUCGCCUAUUUCACCUGGUGGCACGAACUUUUUUGGCGCUAACCCACCGCCGCCACCACCGCCGCCGCGCAGUCUCGGCUCCGAGGGCGGAUUAUUUCAAACGAUUCAACAAGGUUCUUCUGUCGGAUUAGGUGGAAUCCAUCAACAAGUUCCAGCAUCCGGAUCAUCGAAUUAUCCGGCCAGCAGUGGAAACUACCCCGCUUCCCUCAGUUCCAGCGGCAGUUUGGCCACGUUGGGCAUCGCUGUGCCCUCCAACUUUGACGGUUCUUCUUCCGCGCCGUCUGAUCCCGCCAACACCAAUCAACCUUCUGCAUCCAGCGGAGACGGUAGAAGUGAUACGGUUGUCCAAGCACCUGCUGUCCUGCCUAACAAAGAAACGGCCCGAUCACCACAUCAUGGUGGCCGGACGUCGAAUAAAAGACGCCAGCACGGACACAGAAUUCACAACAAGCAGGGCGGAGUAAGAACGGCUGGAACAAGUUCAUCCGCGCCGGGCGAGCAAGGCAAACUCGGCUCGCCGGAGCUGCAGGCGAUCGAUCCCAACGUUGCGACGCCUCCACCUCAUCGCCGCGGCCCCCGUCGUCAUCCCAACGGCAAAGGCUUUGUAUGGAAACAAAUUGGCUUCUCCGAAUGUUCCAAAACGUGUGGAGGAGGUGUGCAACAAGCGCUGAUUGUGUGCGUCAGAGACAGAGAUCAAGUGCCUGUGGCCGAUCAUCGUUGCAAAGAGGAAGACAGACCACCGUCGGAGACUGUCCGAUGCGGCCCCAAACCUUGUCCAGCCGAUUGGGUCCUGGGAGAAUGGACUCCGUGUACGGUGACGUGUGGCGAUGGAAUCCAGACACGCGAUCUGACUUGCAAGCAAGAGAUAUCUGCCACGUUGACGAUGAGAGUCAACGAGGCCGCUUGCCUCGGCGCCGCCCCCUCGGUGCCCAGGGUGCGCAAUUGCAACCUGGGCCAUUGCGCCAAAUGGCACACCUCCGAUUGGGGGAAAUGCUCGACGAGUUGCGGCAAAGGAAUGAGGCACAGGCGCGUCUAUUGCCAAGGAUUUGACGGACGUGAUGUCGGCGAAUCCGAUUGCCCGGCUGCCGAAAGGCCUUCGAGCAGCGAUAUUUGCGACAUGGGCUCCUGUUCGGCCAACACCUGGUUCUUUACAGAGUGGUCUGGUCAAUGCUCGGAAGAAUGCGGCACUGGCAUUCAAACGCGCAAAGCUCACUGUUCCAGCAACAGUGAAAUGGAUUGCGAUGUUAGCAAGAAGCCCGAUACGUCCCGAACGUGCGUUUCAGCAAAAGAUUGCAGCGGGAAGUGGUUUGCUGGACCUUGGUCUCAGUGUUCAGCAACGUGCGAUGAAGGAACUCAAACUCGAGAGGUCAUCUGUCUGACUUUUAUGAGAGGUCAAUAUCGCGUCGGACUCGAUAUGCAAUGCCCGGCUCGCGAUAAACCCAAUAACACAACCCCAUGCAACUUGGGCAAAUGUCUUCCGCAGUGGUAUACGACCGACUGGUCCGAGUGUUCGGCUACGUGUGGAACUGGAGCUCAGCGCAGGGAAGUUAAAUGCUUGGACUCGAAUCAGAUGCCAUCACAAGACUGCAAAGAAGAAGAUAGACCUUUGCUUCGACAGGCUUGCAAUGUCCGAACAACUUGCAACGAAGUGCCAGGCAAUGAUGACAGCACGAUGGAGGCACAGGACACACCGGUCAUUAGUGUAGAAAGUAACCGCAAUAACGAAACUGAAAUUCCUGAACCGGUGAAACCGAGGAAAGCCGCCAAACUUCCCAAAUCCAGCAGCACAAGGAUUGCCGAUAGUACCGUAACAAACGUGGUGACCGUAGCUCCGGCUAAUGGCGGCGAAGGAGUCACGCCAGAAGCCGGUGCAUCAGCAUCGGGAGAGGGUUGCUCAGACAAGUUUAAGAAUUGUCAUUUAGUUGUUCAAGCGCGACUGUGCAAGUUGAAAUACUAUCUCGUCUCGUGCUGUGCCUCUUGCUCCAAACCGAAGACAUGAAUGGCGCCAAUCGAUAAUCAAAUGGGCUGUGGCAUACGACAAAAGAAGACAUAGAACGAAAGAAUCUACAGUGCUGUCGUCACACAUAACGAAACAAAAACAACAAAAAAACAAAAAAAAACAAAAAUCCUGAUGCUCCUUUUUCUCUCCCUUGUUCCGCUACAUUUUUGUUUGUUUUUUCUUUCGAAUAAUUGUGAAUAUGAGAACAAGAACAAGGAAGCGAUUACCCUCUCCCCAAACUUUUUAAUCUUUUGAAACUUUUGUUCCGUUGUCGACUUUUGUGUUUUUACUUUGUAUAUGUGGAUAAAUAAGGCCGCCAUUGCUGUCCGUUCAUCAAUUAUGGGAGUCUACUGCGAACAAAACCACAAAAAAAAGAAAAGAAAUGGAAAUCGUGUGUGUCAGGUGGUGAAUUCGGUGCACAAUUAAAAUAAUUUUUUGCCUGAAACAGCGGGAGGUUGCUGGAAUCGAUUGCAUAAUAGUAUAUCCAGCCCGGCAGAGAAGCAAGACAAGUGCGAUGAACAGUGCCAUACAAGGCGGACAAGACAAACUUUUAUGUUGCGUGACAAAUCCGACGGGAUUCACGCGAUGCGGCCAAUCGUCUACCACAUGCGGUGUUUCCUUGAUUGCUAUUUUCUGUGCCGCCUUGUUAUAAGCUUUGAUGGUGAUGAGAAGAAAGAAAUACUCGACGACGUGCUGGGCAGGAUCGAGCCGACUGGACCGACAACUGGCCGCUCAGUGGGGCUACACUAGCAACUGUUUGAAACAAGAGGAAAAAUCAAUCAUUCAAAAUAUACGUUCGUGUUCCAAUCAUUUCCUAACCAACUUGUUGUUCAUCAACACAAAAUGAUGCCCCCCACCCCCCCAAAAAAAAAUAAAUAAUAAUAAUGCUAAAGAACUCAUGAUUCGAAAAGAACAAACUUUUUCGGUCUUUUGAGUUGAACUUCGAAUAAUUUUUUUUUUUGUUUUGUUUGUUUGUUUGUUCCGUCAUUUCAUGUUUCCUGUACUAGUUCCACGAAAGAGAUGGCGGCUAAUCGGCACUUUGCUAUUCUUGGCAAAUGACACAUCACUUGCCCAACAUCUCCUGUUCACUUCCCUAACCCCAAGUUGUGUGUUUUUUUUUUUUUUUUUUUUUUUUUCUUCGGUUUACUUCUCGUUUUCCAAGUGCUGAAUUUUGUAUUUUGUAUUUAUUAGCUUUCAGGUAGAUUUAGCAAUGUGGAUUAUGCUGACAUAUAUUAUAACCCCGCCCGUUCUUUUUUUGUUUUUCAAAUCCUCGAUACCAUUUUCACCAGACGCCAGUUCAUGUGUAUUAUUUGUACGACAUCAUUUUUUAUUUUAUUUUUUAUUUUUUUUCGCUUCUACAUGUCUCCGAUUGUAAAACUUACUGGAAAAAAAAGCAAAGAAAACCAAACCAACAAAACAAACAGAAUUUUUGAUGAUAUAAAAAAAGCUUUCUCCGUGA